AUGAGCACCCCUGAUAUUCCAGAAAAAUAUGCUCCUUAUGCCGAUGAAAUCAAGGCCACUAUAAAAAAAACAAUUAAGUUCAAGUUGCAGAAAAAUCCUGAUCUCAAACUGUGGCAAAGCAAGGUAGGAGGCUCACCUUAUCUACCUCUUAAUGAGCCAUAUCCGCUUAAUUCAGAGGGAGAACCACUCCUAUUUCUGGCUCAAGUAAAUUUCUCGGAAUUGCCACGCAUUGAGGAGUUUCCAGAGGAAGGAAUACUUGAAUUUUAUAUUGAUGGACAAGAUGACAUUUUGGGUUAUGAAAAUAAGGAGGGUGGAUUUAAAGUACUAUACUUUAAAGAUAUCGAAGAAGAUGAGACAAAACUUCAUAGUGAAUUUAAAAAAUUAACAUUCCCAUUCGGACCCUUUCAAGUAGACGCAAGUUACAGCAUGGAUUUUUCUCUUGAAGAUCAGUAUAUGUCAAUUCUAGACUACCGUUUUGAGAAUAUAGUUGAUUAUGAAGAUGAUUAUGACAUGUAUGAUCAGUAUAAUGAUUUGUAUCCUGCCAAUGGGAAUCGUCUUUGGGGGUACCCUUAUUUCACACAAUCAGAUCCAAGGGAAGGUGUAAAUAAUUUGAAGGAUUAUGAAUUAUUGUUUCAGCUUGAUAGUGAUGAAAGUAUAAUAUGGGGUGAUAUGGGUGUUGGGGCAUUUUUUAUUAAACCUGAUGACCUUCAAAAACUUGAUUUCACUAAUAUUCUUUACAACUGGGAUUGUUAUUAG